UUGUUGGAUCUAUGAGAUUACAAUUAACAUCGGGAUCGAAGUACCAAAGAAGAGAUAAAAAAAUAAUGGCGAGCAACUUUCAAUUUAGUAAGGGUACACCCCCCGAAAUAAUGUUUUCAGAUUUUCAGGCGUUGAAUAAAUUUCAGAGCAAAGAAUUCAAACAACUUGUCGGGUAUGCUUUGGAGUUUUUAGUUGAUCCAGGAAAGUCAUUUAGGUUAAUGGAACAGCUAGAUGGAUUUGCAGAAGGAAAUGACGUCAGUGCUGCAGCUCUUAAGAAUAUUUUUAAGAGCUUUCUGACACUAUGUAAUGGGGCUUUAAAAAAGUCAAUGACUUCAUUGCAACUUAAAGAAGAUGCAAUUAAUCUUGGUUUAAAUGAUGACAAAGCAGAAUACUUUUCCAAUCAAUGGACUUAUAAGUUUGUUGCUUUGUCAAGAAGUGCUCUUGGACAAAUUCUUAUGGUAAACCAGUUGAUUGACAUGGAAUGGAAAUUUGGAGUAACUGCUGCAAGCAGUGAAGUGGACAAAGUGGGAAACACAUUUUUACAAGUAAAAUUAGUUAUCAACACAGGAAAUGGGAUAACAAAUACAUACAUGGAACUGACAUUGCCGCAAUUCUAUUCUUUCCUACAUGAAAUGGAGAAAGCCAAAGCCAGCCUUGAAUACCUCAACUAAAGGACAUAUUGUACUACUUGUAUUUAAAAGUGAUGAAAUCAGUAUAUGCAACAUUGUUGAAUUUAAAAAACCUUCAAAGAUAUUACAUAUAUUGUC